AUGAAAGAGGAGGACGAGGAGGAGGAGGCCAUAUCCACGAUGACGACGACACCGACGACGGCGUUGACGGCGGAGACUACGAUUCACACAAACGCACACGCAUUCACCCACACACAUCUACACACGCACACACUGAGGGAGGUCUUCGCUCUCUUGAGAGGCCACUCAAUGCCAUAUGAACCAGUGCUGGCACCAACAGGUGUGACAAGUGAUUCGACGUCGAGUGUGAGUGGAGAUAGUGGCUUUCGGCACUACCUCAGACAGGUUUCUUCACCAGGCACGCCAGCAAGAGUCAUUAGUACCGCCUUCAUCAUUCCACAGAACGAGAUUGUGAAUGAUCAAGUCUCCUCGAAGAACUACCACAGUGUAGAUGUUCAAGAGUGGAAACAUACCCGUUGGAGAGAACACACUUCUGUUGACAGAACUUCCCUUAUCGAUCCCUUUAGUCCCACCACUAUGGCAACGGCAACACUAGCGACAUCGACAAUGCUAACGAAUACGGAGAGCGGUUUCCAGGAUGGGGGACUUUCUUCUUCCACCAUCUCAUCUUCCAUCGAAUCUCCGCGUUCCAUGUCCCUACGGCAUGUAGAAGAGGAAGCAGAGACAGAGGCGGAUGCGGAGACGGUUGCAAGUAACUUUGGACACUCCGCUACUUACCAACCGAAAUCGCGCAUCUGGUCAUGGCUCCACAAGUUCUCCGGUCGAAAGGCAUCAGAAGCUGCUAAGGCUCCCGACAACCCACUACAUUUGAGCAGACUGCGGCUCUCCAUGGUCGUUUCACAGCAUGAGCCUCGACCCAAACACCUGAGCACUUUACGUGUAGAGAAGCGACUUGAGCAGAAUGUGAUACAUUUGCGUUCGAUAGAAGUCUCCGCCUCGGUGCCCUUCGACACCACUACCAAACCCACUGUACACUGGACGGAGUACGUGACGAAGGUGGGCAAACCAACCUCCGCUGAGACGGUUCUGCAUACGACAUGUCUGCAGACGACCUGUGGGGAUACUAGUCACAUUGCAUCCCCACCUCCUGAGGUCUCCAAUCCCCCCACUUUGCUGCGUGUUGGAAGAGUGGAGACUGCCCUUUUGCCCACCAUGUCACAAUCAUGGGCCAAAAGUGAUUUCAGCUCUCGCCAGCUCACCUCCGUGGUCUCAGUCUUCUCCGAUCCCAGACCUCCAACGCAGAGGUACAUUAGCUGGGAGAACAAGAGCACCAGUCCCUUCACAUUUCCCCCUACUUUUGGCGAGGAGUCGGUGAAUGAAGUGAAAAAAUCGCCUCUAGCCAGAGAUCGCUCUUACUGGUACCGCGAUGACCCCGAUUCCACGUUUCUCCUCUCUCAAGUUUACCUGGAUUCCGAUACCUCUUAUUUCCGGCAAUCGGGUGACAGUACGCCUGUCGAAAGUGAGAGUCUCUAUGAACCCGUUUGCAAGAAAACCCCCUGCCGAGAAUCCCAGAACGAAAAUCCGCCUCGAUCCUCCCAAUCUACUCCUGUCUGCAUCGCCACCUGUCAUUCUUUUAUCGCUGGCCCUAGUAGCAAAAGCAGCAUUAAUGAUGGCGACAGUUCUAAGGUGGAUGGCAAAUUAAAUGUGACUCCAAAUCAGCUUAACCUCCAGAACGGCAGGAGUUCCUGGGGAAAUGAUGAAAGUAAAUUAAAUGGCCUACCGGGUGUAAAGAAUCUGGUAACUAAAAUGGUUGUGCAAAUGCCCCUUUCCUCAACUCCUGAACACCAGCAGUACAAUGAUGAAGAUGGAGUAAAUGGAAAGACAGUGGAGAAAAGGUCGCCCAUAGUACCACAAAGAAUUACAGCCACUAAACCUGCAUCCGUAUUAGAUCGCAGCAUGAUGAAGCUGCCCCUUAAGACGCCGCCCCCGGUGGUGUAUAGAAGAAAUCGGGACAUAGCCAAUGGAGUUCAGAGCCCCCUAUCUCCCUAUCCUGUUGGAAGUAAAACAUGGCGAAAUUCCAGCCUCAGUGAACUAGCCAUUUCACCCAGGACCAAUAACAGGGAAGACGGCAAAUUCACCCAACCUGUGGAUAGUGCCUGCCCCUUGAAUAGCGAUGAAAGCUACCAGCGGAGUCAAGUGAAUUCAGAAUGUAGGAAGAAGAGUCUAGCUGAUCGGCUGUCUCCACUGCGUGACGUCGAUACGGUAGGCAAUUCUACUAGUAAUACUGGUAGUUUUGAAGAGUCGAUAAAGCUGAAAGAGGUGUCCCUAGUGAAUGCACCCAAAGAAAAUAUCAUUGGGAAUGGUGUGAAUAUGCAUCCAGAAACUACAAACAAAGUCCACACAACUUCCAACGCGGUGGAGAGCAGGCCUAACAUUCAAGAUUCGCAGAAAAGAGACAAAAAUUUAAAUUCAUUUACUGCCACAGUUGCUCCAGCACCACGGCGGAUAUCGAAUGAGCCUUCAAGUAAUAUCAAUCAGGAAAAGUGCAUUUCAAUCACUUCUGUGAGUAAACCGGUCGCUAAAGUGCUACCAUCUACAAUUUCUCAAGGUGAAUGGCACUUUGUUGAAGGUGGCAAAUCUCAGGCUACACUAUUGGCGAAAUCACGGAUCUCUCAUGCUAACUCUAAGGCUAAAGAGGCUAAGAGGGUUCAACCCCAAGGGCAAGUAGCCAUCAAAGUGGCAGAUGGAGAAAUAUCGACUUCCAUAAAGGAGAACGGCUUGCCCAAAGCAGCAGAGGAAGUUUUGCCCAUGAGAAAAACUUCAAGCUCCAAAAAUGAUCAACUUUUGCUUGAAGUGGAAAAGGAGAUUGAGAUAUUUACCUCAAACAGCACACACAGUUCUGUCAUCUCUAUUUCCACUGUGUCUGAAAAAAGCUCAAUUCAGAUAGUACCACCUACGAUUCAGGAAAUACAGAUACCUACAGUUGAAGCACAGAGAAAACCUUCUCUGAAUUCCCUUGAAAGCACCCUUCAGGUUGCAUUGCAAAAUGAGAGUGCCAGGGUAACUCACUCAAAAGCAAGUUCCUCUUCCUACCACUCAGAAGUCAUUGCCUCUAUUCCGCUACAGAUAAUAAAGAAACCGCAGGAAAGCCUUGAUAAAACCCCAGUUUCAAGAGAUUCUCUUACAGCUUUCACCCCACCAUCGAGACCAUUGACCCUGCAGUCGUCUGACUUAGACAAGGCACCGGCGGCGGGGAAGCGUAACCAGGUGACACCCACAUCGCCGACGGGUCAGCACUUCUUCCCCAAGUCGCAUCAGCUCCCCCAGUCGACUAGUGGAACGACUGUUGCUAACCAUGAGAAGAGAGUUGAGGAGGAAUUGAAAGGUAUGGAAGAAGGCACCUUGAACGACAGUGAGACUGCGACUGCGAAUAUGUCUUCACCUCCGCCGAUAAAGUCCACAAAGAUUGCACGAAGCAUGCCUGUCAGCAAAAGGCCACAGACUGCCCGCAUAUUCCGAACCCAAGAAAACGAAGAGGACUUUUUUACUGUACCCGCCGAAACUCACAAAGACAUCAAACCCGAGGACCAUUUCCUGAUUUACGAGGACAUUGGCAAAGGAAAGUUCGGGAAAGUGGUGAGGUGCGAGAACAAGCAGACACAUAAGAUCAUGGCGAUGAAGGAGAUCAAGACGGACCGCCUCCCUCGGCACUUUUCGGGCGACGUCAUGGAGGUGGCGGUGCUGCGGGUCAUCGGUCGUCAUAACAACAUCGCCUGUUUCUUCAGUGCCUACGAGGUGCAACACGCAUGCUUCAUUGUCACCGAAUACGUUUGUGGCGGAGCUCUAUACGAUCGCGUAGUGGCCGAAGACAACUUGGACGAGAAGAUCAGCGCGUCAAUAAUCCGUCAAAUGCUCCUCGGCCUGGAGCACAUUCAGACCUGCUCAGUGUUGCAUCUGGACUUGAAGCCGGAGAACGUGAUGAUGGUCGCACCUUCGGGGUAUCAGCUGAAGAUCAUCGACUUCGGUCUGGCCUACUUCUACGACCCGCAACGACCCCGACGCCAAAUUGGCGGUACCUAUAUCUAUUCCGCGCCGGAAACGAUCACCUACGAUUAUCAAAGCUUUGCCACUGAUAUUUGGAGUGUGGGUGUCAUUGCCUACGAACUGCUCUCUGGAAUCACGCCGUUUGAAUGUCCCCAAUCUGGUGAUCCAGAGCGGGAAUUGACUCUGUCAGAAAUAACCACGAACAUUAUGAACUGUCGCUACAACUUUGACGAUGACGGCAUUUGCGAUGCCUCCGAUGAGGCCAAAGACUUUAUUUGCACCAUCCUCAAGAAGAGUCCCAAAGAUCGCCCGAGUGUUGAGGCAUGCCUCAAGCAUUCCUGGAUGGAGAUGUCGAACGAGUUGCCAACUGUUCGACGCGAUGUCUCCAUUCGUCGAAGAGCAUCGGCACGUGCUCCACCGCGUAUCGCAUGUAUCAAAGACUGCCUGCCCGCCUUUCUUGUACCCCUCCCCUUUAUCACCACCACCACCACCACCACUACUAAUCCAGGUCCAUUUCUCCCAAAUAUUUUCUUAUCCCACUCAGCCUUCUGCAAUUGGACAGCAAUCACUUUCCUUGUCAUAUCCGCACGCCUGUUCCAGUGUGUAAAUGAUAUCCGCAAGGCUUUGGCGUAUGACGAAAUGUCAUUACUGCUGGAUCUGCAUAAUCCAACUGCUCCGACGGCAAAGUGA